AUGGGCAGGUCUGGACCCCCUCUCCCGAGGCCCCCAUUGUUCCCGGCCGCGCACGUGCGGGCCCCCGCGGGGCUGGGGUCCUCCCGCCUUGGCUGCCCGGGCCUCCUCCCCUCGCCCCCCCCCCGGCCGCCCUUGCCCGUCCUGCCUUGCGAGGUGGGCCUCUUGGCCGGCUGGGGGAUGCGCGCGGCUUGGAGCGUCAGCGGGAUUCCCCGGCGGCGGCGGCGAGAGGGGAGACCCCCGGAGGGAGGGAAAGGGGGGCGAGAGGGAGGGUCCCGCCGGGCUCUGCCUGACCCGCCCUCGUUGUGCCCGGGGCAGGAGGCAGGCAGGAAGGCCGGGGCUGGACUGGGCUGGGCGAGGCGUCGGCGGGAGCAGAGCCGGAGGACGAUGCCGUCGGAGGCCGCCGAGGGUCCGGGCGAGCCGGAGAGCCUCUCCUACGAGGACCUGGAGGAGGAGGGCGGCGUCAGUAACCCCACAGACCUGUCAGAGCUGCUGAAGGAAGGGACCAAGGAGUCGCACGACCAGGCAGAGAACACUCAGUUUGUCAAAGACUUCCUGAAAGGGAAAAUCAAGAGGGAGCUUUUCAAGCUGGGGACAGUGGCUCUGUUCUACACCUACUCCGCUCUGGAGGAAGAAAUGGAGCGCAACAAGGACCACCCGGCCUUUGCGCCCCUGUAUUUCCCACUCGAGCUUCACCGGAAGGAGGCUCUGGAGAAAGACCUGGAGUAUUUCUACGGGGACGGCUGGCCGGGGAAGAUCCAGUGCUCGGAGGCAGCUCAGCGCUACGUGGACCGGAUCCGGCACGUCGGGCAGAAUGAGCCGGAGCUGCUGGCAGCCCACGCCUACACCCGCUACAUGGGGGACCUCUCCGGGGGGCAGGUGCUGAAGAAGGUGGCCCAGCGGGCGCUGAAGCUGCCCGGCACCGGCGAGGGGGUCCAGUUCUAUGUCUUUGAGAACAUCCCCAACCCCCAGCAGUUCAAGCAGUUCUACCGGGCGCGGCUGAACGCCCUGGACUUGGACGAGGGGACCAAAGAGCGGAUCGUCCAGGAGGCCAACAAGGCCUUCGAGUUCAACAUGCAGGUUUUCGACGAGCUGGACAAGAUUGGGGCCCUGCUCACGGAAGAAGUCCAGGACGGCGGCCUCCCCCUGCACGAUGGGAGGGGAGACCUGCGCAAAUGCCCCUACUAUGCCGCCAAGCUCGCUGGCAGCGAGGGCUCCGGCUGCCCCUUCGGUCUCGCCCUGGCCCUGCUGAAGCAGCCCCCCGUCCAGCUGGCUCUGGCUGCCUGCCUGGCCGUUGUGGCGGGGGUGGCCGCCUGGUACAUGAUGUGAG